AUGAAAUUCACCAGAGUGUUAAGACAAGCCGAGGAGGUCCUCGUCAAGGCCGCCUCUGGCUACCCUACGGGUUUGGCUGGUUUGUACCAGCACCCCAACCCAAGACCAGCAUUGAUUUCCCUCUACAACUACACCUUGAGUUACCUUGGGAAUAACUUCCCAGACCACUCCGUGUACAGACAGUCUGUGGAGGCUAUGACUAAGAACAGAUUGAAGAUUGUCGAGGAGAACGAGAUCAACGAAGUCAUUGAGAACAAGAUCGGUGGUGGUUUGAUUGAAGAGAUCGUGGUGCAGGCUAACGAAGAACUCCACUUGGCUAGAGAGUUGUCCAAGUUGAAGGUCUGGGAAGAGUUGGAGGAGAAGCCAUUGGAGGACCAGUGGACAUACUUUGGUAGAAAGAUCAACCAAUAG